AUGGGUUCGGCAGCGGAAAAGUCACCCCUGGCCCAGCUUUCUGACGAGGAAAUCAUCGCCGAGUUACAAACUUUCAAGCCUAUUGACCCGAAUUCCGAAAGAAACAUUUGGGCAUUUUGGGAUCGAGGGAUUGCUGCCUGCAAACCUUGGUGCCAGCGGAACAUCAUCAGUUGGGCCCGAAGACACAGUAGCUGGACAGUUCGUGUGCUAGACACCGAGGAAGGUUCACCGAAUCAUUACUCCAAUUACAUCCCCAAUACUGUCGAAUUCUUCCCCGAUGCAUUCAUCAAACGUACUAUGGCGGGCAUCCAUGUCGGCCCUCAUGCUGCCGACUUGAUCAGGCUUCCAUUAUUGUACCUGUAUGGGGGUGUCUGGCUCGAUGUCGGGUUUACUCUCUUCCGCGGGUUAGACGACCUAUGCUGGUACAAGCUCGAGGACGCAGAAAAUACGUUAGAGCUUGCAGGAUUCAAGAUGACAAUAUCAUCCGAGGCGGGCAUGUUCUGGAACGGUUUCAUUGCUUCGAGGAAGAGCUGUGCUGCAACCAAGCAUUGGCAUGACACUUUUUUGAAGGUGUGGGAAGGUACAGAUAGCACAACGGGUAUGAGUGGCCACCCGCUCCUACGCCAUCUCCCCCGCUACGAAGUACCCUCCGCUACGGGCAAGCCCCCCGCUUUUCAGUAUGCACACUUUGUCGACUACCUGGCACAAAUGUUCUGUCUUGAGCGCCUCCGCCACACCCGCGAUCCGGUUAUAGAGUGGGAUGGCCCUGCCGUUUUCUCUCAGAAUGUACUUCUCUAUGAGUGUGUUAGUGAAGUGUACUGGGCCCAACAUCUAACUCAUUGGGAUGGUCGUAAGCAAUUCGACCUUCUCAGUCGUCAACGGGAAGGAGCAGAGCAGGAUGAUAAGUUUAAGGAAGCUGAUGCUUUUGUGAAUGGUAUCCUCGGCAUGUCGUCGACCAUGAAAUUGUCUCAUGGCUUAGUGACAGAGGAAAGAGAGUAUCUUGCCCGAAUUUGGGAUGAGCCUGAAAAUGUGGAAGCAGAUAGAAAGCCAGGAACGUUUGCAGCCCAUAUGAGGUGGGCGAGCAUACACUUCCAACAAGAUCGGGAGUUGAGUCCCGUUGCCUUGACAUUGCGGGAGGAUGCUUUAUUGACGGGUGGACUUUUUGAAGCUGUGGGAAAGCCUCACCCGCACUGGGAAACCGAGUAA